UGCUGCCAAGCUUCAGAAACUUGGAAUCGACAGACAUUGGAAGCAGUGCAGGACAAAGUACAAAAACUUAAAACAUGAGUACAAGACUGUAAAAAUGGCUCAAGACCUAGGCAUGACCAGGAGUAUGAAAUUUUUUACCGAGCUGGAUGCUAUUCUGGGACACAAUAAAACAGAAAAAUCACAAGGACAGAAAUCCCAAGAUGAAGAGCAAGCCACAGGAUAUGCCCACAUGAAAGCAGAAGAGGACCAGCCAGAGGAAAACACUGUAAGUACUGCCUCAGAAGAGGUGGGCGGCCCCAUAGCACCACAGAGUAUCACUGGGUCAGGUAGUCAUAUUCCUUUAGAAGAUGCUAAAAGUCAUUUACAGAUUAUAACAGUGAGCGACACAGAGGCUGGAAGACACUGGUGUGACAAUGAGGUCAGAGCACUCAUACACAUAUGGUCUGAUGAAAAAAUUAAGCAAAUGCUUGAAGGGGCCACAAGAAACAGAGAAAUAUUUGAGGAAGUUGCCAGAAGAUUAAUGCAGUUUGGAAUAGACAGAGACUGGAAACAAUGUCGUACCAAAUACAAAAAUUUAAAAUAUGAGUACAGAGUUUUACAAAAGAAAAACGGCAACCCUCAAGGAAAAAUGAGAUUUUAUGAAGAAGUUGAUGGCCUCCUAAGACGAUCAUCUCUCAGAACUACCAAAUGGAAACAUGAAUUAUUUGAAGGUCGUACCAAAAACUCAAGAACUUUGAGCAUCAAAAGAAAAGCACAUGAAGAUGAACCAGAGUCUGUGUCUCCCAAGAAAACUGCUCCUGAGAUCACUGCAAAUCGGUUUCCUCAAAGAACAACAGAACCAAAAGAUUCUACAGGAUGUUUUUGCAGACAGGAAACCCCCUACAUGACCCGACUUCAUCAGAGUCCCGCCUCUGUUCCGAGCGCGGCCGCCGCCCCCAGCCCACUCCGGACAAUGGCGACCGCUGAGGUUUUGAACGUUGGUAAAAAACUCUAUGAGGGCAAAACAAAAGAAGUCUAUGAAUUGUUGGAUAGUCCAGGAAAAGUCCUCCUGCAGUCCAAGGACCAGAUUACAGCAGGAAAUGCAGCCAGAAAGAAUCACCUUGAAGGAAAAGCUGCAAUCUCAAAUAAAAUUACCAGUUGUAUUUUUCAGUUGUUACAGGAAUCAGGUAUCAAAACUGCUUUCACCAGAAUAUGUGGGGAGACAGCUUUCAUUGCAUCUAGGUGUGAAAUGAUUCCAAUUGAAUGGGUUUGUAGAAGAAUAGCAACUGGUUCUUUUCUCAAAAGAAAUCCUGGUGUCAAGGAAGGAUAUAAGUUCUACCCACCUAAAGUGGAGAUGUUUUUCAAGGAUGAUGCCAAUAAUGAUCCACAGUGGUCUGAGGAACAGCUAAUGGCUGCAAAUUUUUGCUUUGCUGGCCUUGUUAUAGGCCAGACUGAAGUGGAUAUCAUGAGUCAUGCUACACAGGCUAUCUUUGAAAUACUGGAGAAAUCCUGGUUGCCCCAGAACUGUACGCUGGUUGAUAUGAAGAUUGAAUUUGGUGUGGAUAUAACCACCAAAGAAAUUGUUCUUGCUGAUGUUAUUGAUAAUGAUUCCUGGAGACUCUGGCCUUCAGGAGAUCGAAGCCAACAAAAAGACAAACAGUCAUAUCGUGACCUCAAGGAAGUAACUCCUGAAGGGCUGCAGAUGGUAAAGAAAAAUUUUGAGUGGGUUGCAGAAAGAGUAGAGUUGCUUCUGAAACCAAAAAGUCAGUGCAGAGUUGUAGUAUUGAUGGGCUCAACUUCUGAUCUCAGUCACUGUGAAAAAAUUAAGAAGGCUUGUGGAAAUUUUGGCAUUCCAUGUGAACUUAGGGUAACAUCUGCCCAUAAAGGACCAGAUGAAACUCUGAGGAUUAAAGCUCAGUAUGAAGGGGAUGGCAUUCCUACUGUAUUUGUGGCAGUGGCAGGCAGAAGCAAUGGUUUAGGACCAGUGAUGUCUGGUAACACUGCAUAUCCAGUUAUCAGCUGUCCUCCUCUCACUGCAGACUGGGGAGCUCAAGAUGUGUGGUCUUCUCUUCGAUUACCCAGUGGUCUUGGCUGUUCAACCAUACUUUCUCCAGAAGGAUCAGCUCAGUUUGCUGCUCAGAUAUUUGGAUUAAACAACCAUUUGGUAUGGGCCAAGCUGCGAGCAAGUGUAUUGAACACAUGGAUUUCCUUGAAGCAGGCUGACAAGAAAAUAAGAGAGGGCAAUUUAUAAGAAACAACAUCAUCACAUUGUUUAAGAAGAAAAACAGUAAAUCUCUGGUUUAGCUGCAGAAAAAAAAAUCAAGACAAAACAUUUAAAAUCAAUCAGAGAAAACAAAAUUUAUAAGUGAAUAAAUGCUUCUAGAUUCAUCAGUUAGUGAAAUAUGUGUGUACUGAUAUUUCUUUAUCAGUAGUGAAAUUACUAUAAGUACAUUUUAAAAUUAAUCUUUUACUAUAUGAUCAUUAUUAGGUAGGCAGUAUAAUUAUAUUUCUUAAAUGCUAAUAACAUCUUAUAGAGCUCUUAAGUUACUACUGGACUUCCUACAUCUCAAUCCAUAAGUUUUAGAAAGUUAAAAUGGUAGUAUCUUAGAGAGGGUAGUUAACAGCAAUGUAGUCCUCUUUUAUAUUAUGAUCUUUACAAAAUUCUAAAGGCACAGUUUAUUUUCAGUCAGUAUAUCAGAAAAUGAUGUAUUUAUCUCUAGCUAUAGAUAAUGAUGAUGGUUUUGAUUUUACUUUUUUAAGAGAAGCUGAGAUUGAUGGUAGGGGUAGGAAAGGCAUGAAACAAGAUGAAGGGCAAUGUGGAAGCCAUGGAGAGACUUUUGGGAACUUCUCUGUUGGGUGUCAGGGCAAUUUCCAAUGGGAAAAAAAGUACAGUCACCUUUGCCAUUCCAAAUGAAAGAUUUUGUGAAUCUGUAGGUCAAAAUUCUUUUAAUUCUGAUUAUACAUAUUUUAGCCAGACUAACAAUUCCCAGCCUACCAUCAUUUUCAGAAACUGGAAUCUUCCAUUAAUAACCAUAACUAGUUUGUUUCUUGUAAUAGUAUUAAGUCUAGGAGUAUGCCCAAUAAAAUUCACUUCUAUAGGAGCAGUUGUUACUGAGAGGUACACAGUUCAUCAUCAGUCUGUAAACCAUAUUUGGAAAUCAUUGUUAUAUUAUGCAGCCUUGAAGGUUUUAUAGAUCAUUAAACUUUAGUCAGAGUGCCCAUGAGUCCAUUAAUCUUACGUGUAAAAUUUUAUGUAUAUGUUCAAUUUUAUGAAAAGGGGACAGUUUUUACCAAAAGAUCUGUGUCCUCAAAAAUGUUAAGAAUCUGCUGCAGAUGAAAUCUUGAUAAGACUUGCCACUGGCCUGCACUUGUCUACGCCUUUUCACCUCCCUCUCAACUACUAACAAGCAAGCAUCUCAUCACUUCUUCCACCUGAUCUCUGUGGGGUAUGACUGAUGUAGCUAUUCCUUUUUGGGGCUAGACCCCAAGCUGUUCCAGCCUCGGUCACUUCUCAUAUAGUACUCUUUCCCCUUAAAUAUUGACGUUUCCUAAUACUCAGUUCAUUGUUUACAAAUAGUGGUAGAGUAAUCUUAAUUCUUUUAGCUAAAACUAGCAUAGUGACUCCCAGCUCUUGUCUGUAGACUUGUUUUUUCAAGUGUCCAUUUCCCUGUAAAUGCUCCAAAGUUAGUUCAUCUUCCACCAAGCCUAAAGCCGGCUACACGCACUGUCCCAAAUACGAAGCUUGUUUUUUAUCCUUGAUGUUUUUCUCUGAGUUUUCAUAUCUAACUCAACACCAGGUCUUGAAAUUUACUGUUUACCCAUCCUCUACAAAAACCUCAAGCAAGAACAAAUUCUAUCAGCCUGAUCUAGAAAGUCUUCAUUCUCAACCCAACCUUUUUGAAGUUGACUGUCCAAGGACUUACAACAUCGACUCUUAAAUAAAUCUCUUUGCAACACAGACUCCUUUGAACGUAUGAAUGCCAUUGACCCUCUCCCUAGAAAAUUACACAUAAAACUUACCAAUACAUUCCAUUGGUUCUUGGGUUCCCUUGAAACUUAUGCAUUGUAGGUUAAGAAUCGCUAAUGUAACCCAUCAAGGGAACUUGGUUGCCCCAUAACUUUCAGACUGUCACAUAUCUGUACCUUUAAUUCUUAGAAUUUCCUCAUUUCUGUCAUUAAUACCUUUGUUAAUUACUAGAGCUUCAUCUUUUACUGUUUCCAUGAAACCUUCCCUAAUAAACCUUCCUCUAGCUACAAUGGCUACAAGGACUUUGUCUGAAUUGUGAGUUCCCAAAGGGGAGAAAAUACAAUUAAUUCUACACUUUAUUUCCCUUACAUUGUUUAUGCUCUGAUGUCCUAUGCUUAACUGUCUGCCAGAAGUGGGGGAAUUAUAAAAAUCAUGUACUGUUUAAUUUUCUAUCUUAAUUUUAGAUUACAAGAACAGUUAAAAAGAUUUGAUUUUAACAUUUCUGAACUUUGGUUUCAUGGUCUCUGAAUAGUCAAUGGCUGACAUUUCAGCUCUUCUAUUCCUACCUAGCAAAAGAUUCACCUAUUUCUGUGCAGUACAUAAAAAUUUCAAAUGUUGACUUAGACUGGUGGAUAGGACUGACUUUUAUCAAUGAUCAUUAUUUCACUAUUAGUUUCUUAAUACUGAGUGCAUAUAUCCUCAGUAGUACAGUUCAUCAGUGCUAAAGUAAAUACUUGUUUAAAAAUAUUUUGACUGUGUUACAAAAAGUAACUUAAACCUCUUUGGAAGUUUAUACUUUCUAUGGGCUUGUCGUUAAACUUAAAAAGAGGAGAAAAAAUUGUGUCCAAAUAAUGUGGUUCUUAAACUUCAUAUCUUAAAGCCACAUUCAGAAUUGCUGUUAACUUUAAUGCCUUCUGAAAUUUAAACAGUGCAGCCAAAUAAAAGAUAAAGAUAA